UUGGGAUCCACGUCCCCUCUCGAGUCCGCUAUUACUCUAGAGAUCGUGGGGUGGGGAAGCGCGCUCCACGUAUGCUCAGAGGAGACGAGCUUCCGCGCGCCCUGAUGCUCUUGCAACAGCGACCCCUCGAGAAGGCGCCUCUGCGCGCCCGUCCACUUGCAGCCGCGGCACCGGGCAGCGCGACCCUCUCCCGGCGGCCCCUCCCCGAGGCGGGCCGGGAGGCGGCCUCAGCGGCUGUGUCAGCCCCACCAAGCGAGCCCGGUCCCGCCUCUCCGCUCCCCGAAGGUUCGCGCUUAGUCAGGACGGACCGAGAGGCCAGGGAGCGCGGCGGCCGGAGCCCGACUCCGCUUUAAGGUAGCUGGCAAGGCGAGGAGGGAAGAUCGGGAUCGGUUUGGCGGCUCAGCCAGGAGCGCCUUUCCCGUAGGCAUGGCAGCGAUUCGGAAAAAGCUGGUGAUUGUUGGAGAUGGUGCUUGCGGGAAGACCUGCCUGCUGAUUGUGUUCAGUAAGGACCAAUUCCCAGAGGUCUAUGUGCCAACCGUCUUCGAAAACUACAUUGCUGACAUUGAAGUAGAUGGGAAACAGGUGGAGCUGGCCCUUUGGGAUACGGCUGGGCAGGAAGACUAUGACAGGCUACGGCCCCUCUCUUAUCCAGACACAGAUGUUAUCCUCAUGUGCUUUUCCAUUGAUAGUCCAGACAGCUUAGAAAACAUCCCAGAGAAAUGGACACCUGAAGUGAAACACUUCUGCCCUAAUGUGCCCAUCAUCCUUGUGGGGAACAAGAAGGACUUGCGGAAUGAUGAUCACACCCGGAGGGAACUGGCAAAGAUGAAACAGGAGCCAGUGAAACCAGAGGAAGGGAGAGACAUGGCAAACCGGAUCAAUGCUUUUGGCUACCUUGAGUGCUCAGCCAAGACGAAGGACGGCGUGCGGGAAGUGUUCGAAAUGGCAACUCGAGCCGCCUUGCAAGUCAGGAAGAACAAAAAGCGCAAAGGUUGCCCCCUCCUGUAAAAGGGGUGCAUUGGCAGAUGAUGUGACUGUGCUGUCUGAAGUGUAUCUUUCCCUUUCCAUGCACCCCACAGAUGGGGUCAAGGUGGAGAGGUGGAGCUAUUAGCUCUAUCUAGAAUAAAAAAUUUAACAUGCUGGCUAUGUCCUUCAUCCCUCUGCACAGUAAACUUCCUGGGAUACACAAUAUACGGUCUCUUCCUGUGUUGCAUGCCCAGGCUGCCUUUUCCAGCUCUCUCAAGGGCCAGAGGUGUCUUUCUGAAUCUUCCUUAUAAACAAUGUCCUUUUUGUAUGGGGCAGGCAGUGUACUUGAACUAACUCUGUAUUGUUCUUUGCUCCCAUUUUAUACUAAUCCUACUCUUCAGUGCUUUGUAUAGAUUCACCAGUGCUUACCCUUGUGUCUUCCUGUUCUUACAAAUUACGGAAGCUAAAUUUCUGAAUAUUGCAAUCUGAGAAUGUGGAGCCUGCCUCUGGUUUACAAAUGAAUGCACUGGCUUCUCUCCACAAAUGUGCUAAAGCAAGCGGGGUAAGUCUUGCCAAAAUGGCCUCCUGUAUUUGCAUUAAGGAGCUGCGCUCUGUAGUGGUCAGAAAUAAUAUUUGCUUCUCUUUGGAGCAGCAGUGCCUUGUGUUUUUGGCAAUACUGUAUUCUCACUUCAUUAAAUUAAUUCAAACUUGA